UACACGCUCGCGACUAAUUGAAAUUGAGGUUAUCGAACUGUUUUUGUUUUUAUAUUUUGUAGGUUAGGACUUUUCAGAAUAAGAAAUAAAGAAAUAUUUUCAACAGAAAUGUCCCUUUGUGAAGCAGAAAAAACAUUCGUUUUGCAUGGAGUUGAAGAAAACUUUAGAGUUGAUGGCAGAGAAAGGGAGGACUACAGGCCUAUGGAGUUGGAAACUGAUAUCAUAUCACAUGCUUUUGGUUCUGCUCGCCUAAGAUUAGCAAAUACAGAUGUUUUGGUUGCUGUCAAAAUGGAAAUGGAUGUCCCUUUUCCAGAAAGACCAUACGAAGGAAAAUUGGAAUUUUUCGUUGAUUGCUCUGCUAAUGCAACACCCGAUUUUGAAGGAAGGGGAGGUGAGGAUUUAGCCAUAGAAAUUGCAAAUACUUUGAGCUCUGCAUACCGUUCACAGCUUGCAUUCGAUUUGAAAAAGUUAUGUAUUUUGAAAGGGAGGAAAUGUUGGAAAGUAUAUGUUGAUAUUUUACUACUUGAAUGCGGGGGCAAUCUUUUUGAUGCAGUAUCUCUAGCAGUUAAGGCUGCUCUAUGGAAUACCCAAGUUCCACUAGUGAAGAAGGUCAACAUUGAUGGCAACAAUGUGGAGGUGGAUGUAUCUGAGGAUCUUUCUGAUUGUCAGAGGUUAGAUGUUGAGAAAGCUCCGGUGUUGGUCACAGUUUGUAAAAUAGGGGAAAAAUGCAUAGUUGACCCAAAUGCAGCAGAAGAACAGUGUUCAUUGGGAUCAGUAGUGGUUGCAGUCUCAGGAAACAAAUUUAGCACAGUGUCACAGACAGGAACAGGGUCUUUGCAUCCUUCAACACUGCUGGAAAGUUUGAAAUUGGGAUAUACUGUUGCUAAAAGGUUGAACAAAGCUUUGUUGGAAACCCUAGCUCAAAUAAAACCAGAUCAAGACAUUGGAUUUCUGAAAUGAUUAUUAUGCAAAUAAAAAAAUUAUUUUUGCAGAG